AUGGCUAAGUAUAAAGGAACCACGACGGAGAAAGAAAGUUCGACUUCGACUCGAUACCGGCCUUAUAUCACACACAACAUAUCUCAUGGUGCCUCUCGAUUGAACAGAGUCAAAAGAACCUCCGUGCUCUGUGUGCCGAAAGGAGACGGGAUCCUGAGUUCUCCAGUUGAUGAAGAUCGCAUGAACAGAAUAUGUCCUCCCUGGCGCCAUUUCGAACUCCUGGGCGGACGCAAAAGGAUGGCCAACGACACCAAUGGUAUUGACUUCAGGAAUGAGAGAGCUAAGGACGCUCUCCGAAUAGUCUUGGAUAUUGUCCACGGCAAAGAGGUGAUGAACUAUGAAGAGUUCAGCCCUCGCCUUCUAUUCUACAUUCUCGAAGUUCAUGCCUGGUUGGGACAUCCGAAAGUCACUUACAGCAGCUAUAUGGAUCCAACAAUGGUCGGAACUCAAGGAGCACCAUCCUCUCCGUUCUUCGACAAGGUAGCCAUCUCAAGGGGUAUCUUUGGCAUGGCAAGAAAGGCUAAGUACUUGUACCGGGUGAAAGAAUGGCUCCUUCUGACUCCCGUAGCCGAAAAGCUAAGACUUCAAGACAUUACGCAGUUGAUCCUCGACAACUUAUGCCUUUUCUGCAGAGCCGAUAUGAGAGAGUUGCCCGAAGAGGUAAGGGAUUGCAUCGAGGAUAGGGACUGGGCCAGGAUACAGGACCUCGGACUUAUUGACAAUACAUUGCUGGACAAGCGUGAGUUUUAUGUCGACAAAAUCAUCAAGGGGCUACGUCUUCUUUCCCACCAAGUCCUCUACAUGGAGGGAGGCAUUCUUCCCACCGGAAAUAUCUUCCAUACCUAUCAAGACUAUAAAGUUGCCGCAUGUUCCUAUUGUCGAUCCCUUUCUUGUGACGAAUUUCAACGGGAACUCAUCUCAGCGCGGUUAUGGCCGCUGCGCGCUGAGACUUACCAAGAGCGCAUCAUCGAUCUACUUCACGCAAUCAGAAAUAUGGAAGAAAGGACUCUUGUUGGGAGAAACUGCAACCAGUUAACCCAUCUUUACGAUCACCUCCGAAAGAUGUGUACCGAACCGGAGCGUUAG